AAAAAAGAUGGCGGCUAUUUGACGAUGUCAAGUCGUCUUCUUCCAAAACUAUCGUUUUUAUUUCCUGAAGUCGAGGCCUUUCUAAGAAGUUCCCUCUCUUCUUCGAAGGUAAGAUGUACAGCUAAAAUAUCAUGUUGAUUUGCGUUGGUGUAAAAUUUUUUAAAUCUAUAAAUUAAAAAAAUAAACACUCGCGUAUUUCAGCUGAAUGCAGUGCUAUAAGUGAAGUGUCAAUAGUGUUCACGUUUAAAUUUUAAAACGUGCGCACGAGUGAAUUUGUUUAUUUUAAGUUUGAUCAGGCAUUUUAUAUCAUUAAAAGACGCUUAAUCGACUCUGAAGACAUGUAAUGCUGUUGAAAAUUACCGAUUCCUGCAGAUCUCUCUGCUCGGGUUGUGAGAAAGAGAUUGGGUUAAGAAUGGGGAUUGGGGUACCUUGGGCAUAGGGGUGCUAUAUGUCCAGUUUCUUGUUUAAAAACAAAUAAAUAAAAUAAAAUAAAAUAAACGGUGCCAACUUUCCUCACUUGCAGCCAAUGGCUGAUUUGCGAGGUAACCAGAGAGGUGAGAUCAGACGUCAGCAUGUAAAGGCGCACUCUUGCAGUCGCUUCAGUCCAUGUUUUGAUCACACCUCGCCCACCCAGACCGAUGAUGGCACAUUCAGAUAGACCAUGAUAGUGGGGCCUACGUCCCCUGCUCUUUUCCACCAAUGUCACGGGUUCUUUUAUGUCCUCUUGCAACUGAAAUACAAGGAUGAAGGAGACAAGGGCAACGGCUUGGCGUCACUGCCCAAUGACACGAUCAUCUGAACUGAGGAAGGGGAUUCACAGCUAGCAUGAUCUCACUAGUUUUUUUUAAAGACCUUGGUUGAAGGUCUGGCCGGGGUUUGAACUCAUGACCUCCGGCUCAGCAGACUGGUGCUCUUCCAACUGAGCUAACUGGGCGGCAGUUAAUUGUUGGCUUAGAAUUGUAUGCCAGCCGUUUUCAGAUCAUGGAGUUAAAGACAACUUCCUUUCUUUCAUAAACAGAGGCCAUAUAAAAAAAGUAUUCUCCUUGGGGAUCCGUGAGGGGUAAAUACUGAUAACCAAGUUAAGUCUUAAGCUUUCCUCUAGUGCUAAUAUCAGGGGAGGGGGGGUGAAGUGAUAAAAAUGACAUUUUAGAGGGGUGGGUAGGAUGGGAUUGAUGCUCUCCCUGCUUAAAAAACUGUUCUGCCAUCCCUGAUUUUAUGUUCCAUUUUAUGACUGACUUUAAGGAUGUCACUUGUCUAUUGAAUCAUCUUUGAAGGGACUUCUUUUUGCCAUUGCAGGAAGCUAACAGCUCGACUGACUACUCAGAAAAAUUUGAUCACUUGCUUGAAGUACUCAGUACUCCUCCAUUGUUUACAGUUGUGCGAGUGAACAGUUUGAAAUCAAAUGUUCAUGAUGUUUGUCAGCAGUUGCAAGUCAUUCUGUAUGAGGUAAUAAUAAUUAUAAUAAUAAUAAUCAUCGUCAUCAUCAUCACCAUCCUCUCCCCUUAUGAGGCUUUUCAGUUGGCUAUUGUACAAGUGUGGCUGAAGAUUUGAACUCGGGACUACUGAGAACAAACCCACAAACCCAGCUAGCGGUCAGGGCGGUACUUGAACUUGGGGCCUCCCAACUACAAGUCCAACACUCUGACCGCUCGGCCAUGCUGCCUCCUCUGAGACAGGUCAAAAGGAAAACUUUGCAAAAGUUGAAUUAUUUUUGUUUCAAAUCUUUUCAUUUGGUGCAUGUGCAUUUUUAUUGGGGCAGGAAAUGCAUGGUGACUUUCAAACAUUGUGAAUCUUGGAAGCUUCUGAUCCAAUCGUGAAAUUUGAAAUAAAUUGUUUGUGAAGAGUAAGCUAGCCUCAUUUUGUGUGUUUCUUUGCAGCCUGUAUGUAUCGCUAUAUCCCUCCCUGUAGGUAAAAUAUUGGUUAUUCUCUUCAGACCCCGAAAGGAGGAAGAAAUAUUUUUCGGAUUCUUCUGAGCUCCAAAAAAUAUGAAAAAUUAUUUUUUGAAGCCCAGAAGGCCAAAAAACACCCGAUAUAGAGCACUACUAUGAAAAUCACGUGACAAGGCUUGACAGAAUGCCACAUUAAAUGUGCUGAGAGGCAACGGAGAAGAGCAUAUGCAUGCAAAGGUAUGAAGAAGCCUAUUUAGAUGAAAGGCAUUGAAUACCCCCUACCCCCCAAGGAAGAAAUAAACCCAUAAUUUUAUUAUUAUCUUACAGUGUUGCUGAUUUCUUAAUGUAGAAUUGCAAGUGGAAGGAAGGAACGCAAUAUCAUUAUAAAGUGACUGCACAUCCCAGUGUGGAUGAUGUUCUCUUGAUUCAAGGUUCUGGUCCACAUGUUGAUCACGCACAAGUUGAGAAGGAAGUAAUAGUUGAUUUGCACUGUGGUGCGGCAGUGCUCAGAGGAGCAGACAUUUUUGUUCCUGGAGUCAUGGCUGUUCAUCCUGGUGAGUUUCAUCAGUGUUCCCAGCAGUAAAAGCUAGUCUGCAUCUGGGGACUAAGGUUAAGACAGUCCUUUUCGGAAAAUUGAUCCUGAUUUGUUACUGCUGGGUCACUCAGGGAUUAAUGAAAGGGAAGUUUUGCUUUUUGAUCUUUGGCUCAUCACACAGUCUUGGGCAUAUAUAUAAACAGCUCAUUUACACAAUUUGUGAUUGUCACACAAUCUAUGAGCUUGUCACACAAACCUUGUGCUUGCCACUCUGUGUACAAAGUCAUUAUGUGUGUCACACAAUCUUUUGGUUUGUCAAACAACCAUUUUCCUUAUGCUUAUCUUUCAAGUGACAACAAAUGCCUCUAGACCUUGUCCCAGUUAAAAUUGAGUGUGGGAUUCUUUUUCAAAGUAAAGGAAGAAAACCAUUUAUCUUUUAAUCUCAGGUAUUGACAGAGGAGAUGUUGUGUCAGUCUAUUGCGACCUUGAGAACAAGUGCCGUAAAGGUCUGAUCAAACCCUUUGAUGGACAGAAGGUUUUUCUGGGAAAUGGAAUUGCUGUGCUAGCAAGAAAGGAAAUUUUUUGCUCUGAGCAAAACGUCAGGUGUGUUUAUAUGACACUUGCUUCCUGGGGCAGGGGGUACUCAAUACAGGAUCUACCCCUACACCCCUAAGCUCCAACCACUACCCCUUUUGUCAUACUGUUUCUGUCAGAAAGGGUGCAUUUGUAUCCUUUUCAUAUACAUUUCUUUGAAAAAAUGGUUGCCUUUUUACAUGUCUUCUUAUGAACACUGCAUCCUGUUUCUUGACCUUUGGAAUGAAGUUAAUAAACAAUAUUACAGGAGCAUAAAGUCUGUCUGUUCAGCCAGUUUCUAUACCUUAAUGGCCAAAAAGUGGGUACCCCCUUUUGGACAGAGCCCCUAUUAUAACCUCCAUCCUGCCUUGGACCAUUAUACAAUAGGGAGUACCCUUCCAGACUUGCUUUUGAUUUCAUUGUUUAGAUAUGUCCACACAUAUAAAAGUAAUGAAUAUUGCAUGUGCCCACUGCUGUCAUAUUUUUUUUGUUUGCAGUGGUNUGCUCUGAGCAAAACGUCAGGUGUGUUUAUAUGACACUUGCUUCCUGGGGCAGGGGGUACUCAAUACAGGAUCUACCCCUACACCCCUAAGCUCCAACCACUACCCCUUUUGUCAUACUGUUUCUGUCAGAAAGGGUGCAUUUGUAUCCUUUUCAUAUACAUUUCUUUGAAAAAAUGGUUGCCUUUUUACAUGUCUUCUUAUGAACACUGCAUCCUGUUUCUUGACCUUUGGAAUGAAGUUAAUAAACAAUAUUACAGGAGCAUAAAGUCUGUCUGUUCAGCCAGUUUCUAUACCUUAAUGGCCAAAAAGUGGGUACCCCCUUUUGGACAGAGCCCCUAUUAUAACCUCCAUCCUGCCUUGGACCAUUAUACAAUAGGGAGUACCCUUCCAGACUUGCUUUUGAUUUCAUUGUUUAGAUAUGUCCACACAUAUAAAAGUAAUGAAUAUUGCAUGUGCCCACUGCUGUCAUAUUUUUUUUGUUUGCAGUGGUGUUGCAAUUCAAAUGAGAUUUCCUCUGUACAGCUGCCCCUCUCUCAGUGGUGUUCUCCCACAUUUGCUCUUCCUUCAGAACUUACCUUCUGUUGUUGUUGGACAUGUGUUGGGUCCUCGUCCUGGUGAAAUUAUUUUAGACAUGUGUGCUGCACCAGGUUUGUCUAGUGUACCUGCUAUCUGGCAUAGUUGCAAGAAAGGUUGUGAAGAUGAUUUGAAGCGUAUUCAAGAAGACUCAGAGCUUGUACAAAUGGCAUAUGAUAAUACAAAAUAGCUUGUGUGGAGACGUCUCCUAUUUCAGUGAUUUUGUUACCUCUGUGUCCUGCAUUCCUGAAGCAUAAAAAAUCCCCAAAGAUGCAAAAUAAUUCAUGGCAUGCAUCCCGUAGAACACAAAGAUUGAUCGAUAGAUCUGAAGAUGUUUUUGUAGAAUAUCCUGUUUGUCUAAUUUCUGUGGCAGUCAUUAUGGCUGUUGUUUUUUAGAUUAACUGUUUGGUGACAUAAAGGCCAAGCAUUUACAAGUUAGGACUCAUCAUUUUUUGAACUGUGACUCAUUGGUUAUGGAUAGGGACUCACCAUCACUAAUUGUAACAAAGUCACUUCUAUUUACUGUGCAGCAGAAGAAAUAGGAGAUGUUUGCACACAGGAUAAUGCCAAGUGAAUUGGUUUAAAAAUGUUGUUGUUCUUUUAACCUGCGAGCAAGCUCUCCAUUCUCCUUCUCACGAGAGCAGCACAAAAGUACACAUGAUGGAGAGCUUGCUUGUGUGCUAUUGUUCUUUGUAGGUCAAUACUGAAAUUGAGGUCAUCCUGGUUUUUAUCAAGGAUUUGAGAAGUGUGAUUGUGUAACAAAUUUGCCACACCCCUUGGCAUGUAUUGUGCUAUAAUUAGAUGAAAAUCCUUCAAUAAGAAUGACCGAGACCAGGUUUUAUGAGCCAGAGAGACUAGCACCCCACCCAAACCCUUGUUUUCACUAAAACCACUGGACGUCACAACCUGGUUGAUGUUAUUGUUAUCCAAGGUCUUCCUAAUUAGACAAAUUUUGGUUAAUGUUGGUUAACUGUUAUCAGUGAUUGUAGUGAUCAUAUCGCAACCAGCUUUUAAUACUUAUUUUUUUCUUCCAUGUUAACAGGCGGAAAAACAACUCACCUUGCCUCACUCAUGGAAGACCAAGUGAGUGGCAAUUUGAACACCAUCCUAUUUACUUACAUUUGAAAGACUGCUAUUUUUACGGUUAAUUUUCAUGGUAUUAUUUUCAGGGUGUUGUAGUAUCUUUUGACAAGAGUGAACCAAAGAUAGAAAAAUUGAGGGCAAACUGUGACAGGCUUGGAAUCCAUUGUGUGAAGAGCUAUGUAUAUGAUGGCAUCAAGGCUGUUGAUCCUGACAAGCUAUGGGAUAUGGAAAACAGUGAGUGGAGAAAAAAAAAAAAGCACAAACCUUUCUUGAUUCCUGUAAGGAUUAUUUCAUAGACCGUGAGUGGUACAAUAUGUAUACCAUGUCAACACUAAUUUAAAGCAAAGCAACAAGUUUGUCUGUUGUCAAAAUGAAUUGGUAUGACCAAUAUUUUUUCUUUAGUUAGACAGGUUCUUGUUAAAACCCUUUCUUCUUCUAGACACUCUUUUUUGGUUAUAUUUUUAAACUUUCAAAUUCUGUCGCAUUUUCAGUCAUCUGUUUCCGAGUUUGAAAACGAGGUAUCACAUAUCAAUAUGUUACUUAUUUUCCAGUGCCGCUUCCAGCCUCCCCACCCUACCCCUGUGGAACAUUUGACCGUAUUCUCCUGGAUGCACCCUGCAGUGCAUUGGGUCAGCGGCCACAGUUUGUCAUCAGGAUGAAUUUGAAGGAGUUACAGUCCUACCCUAGACUGCAAAGAAAGCUUUUCACCACUGUAAGUGAGGAGAACAAGUCAAGUUGUUUUCUAGAUAAAGGGUUGUGGCAAAUGUUUCUGUCACUAUGAGGUAGUUUUAAUUGAAAAUUUUGGUGGUAAAAAUUCAUUGAAGCAUUUAUCCUCUUAGCCUGUGUAGCAGCUGUUUCUGUCUCUCCUCAGCCAAGAGGGAGAAGCACGGUUGACGCACAAGGGCGAGCAAAGCAAUGGAAGCUUCAAUUUUUGCUACUUUUAAGCCCUUGCCCUAGCGUGUCUCGUGCGCUUCUACCGUACACUACAAUCUUGGACAAAAUUGACGGAAAAUUUAGACCCAUCUCCCCUCAUGGGAAAUUGGUGCGUUUUUGCCUUUUUGCGGCUUCAUUCUUGAUUUUGGGGGGAUGGCUGUUUGCUAUUCCUUUUUAGUAAAAUCCAGCUAGUGGUCUAUCAUCAAUGCUGCGUUCUGAUUGGUUGAGCUACUACUAGGCUAUAUGUUAUAACCCACUAGUAGCAAAAAGCGCGGGCUUUUUGGCGGCAAAAAAGGAUUAAAGUCUAGCUUUAACUAACUAAAGUUUUUUUAUUUUCGAUAUUUUUGACCAACUAGUUGGAUUUUACUUAAACAAUUAUUCCCCUCGCCCUCAUGGCCUCUAAGUCAAUAGCCCAUGAGGCCGAAUUGACUCAGAGCCCAUUCGGGCGCGAGGAAUAAUUGUUAAAUAUUCUGCCCAAGAUUGCAAUCUUCGACGAAAUAGACCCAAAACUAAAAAUACUCCCCCCCCACCCCCCCCCUUAAAAAUCAAGGAUGGGGAAAUUGCGCGUUUUGGCCUUCGCACGGCUUCAUCCUUGAUUAUUCUGGGGAAUAGGAGUUUGUUGCUCCAUUUUUUCGUCUCACUGAAUCCUAAUCACUUCACUUUAAUUGUCUUUGCAGGCAGUAAGUUUAUUAAAGGAAGGCGGUGUCCUUGUCUACUCCACUUGUACCAUUACACCACAGGAAAAUGAAGAGCAAGUAGCCUGGGCUUUAAAGUCUUUUCCUUGUUUGCGACUAGAAAAACAGGUCAGCAGUCUUUUGUAUCAGUGUUUAUUGGAUAGGGUAUCUUGUCUCUCUGUCUUAAAAACGAAAAAAAAAAAAUCGUAGUGGUAAAGAUAAAAGGCAAGUACGUGAUGCCCUCCACUCUAAAGUGAAUGACGACUUCAACUUCCGAAAUCUUUCUGUUGAUGUUCUUUUGUUUAUGAAAACAUUUCUUUCUCUUUCUUUGUUUCUUUGUUUCUUUUCUUUUUCUUUUUAAGUGGUUAGCUCGAAAACUAUGUUCCUCUGACCACCCUACACCUUUCUCAAAGCCAUUCACUUCUAUCUUUUCUUCCCGUAUUUGUUAUUUUAUUCUCAUCAUUGCUGUUUCCCAGUCAGUGAUUAAUGUAAACAACUGAAACUGCGACUUUUUCUCUGAUUUCCAACCCGCCCUCUCCAAUUCCAGGUUUAUGUAAAUGCCCAUUGCUUAUUUGAUCAUGUUUCUCUCCGCAGACCCCUCAUAUUGGAGGACCAGGUCUUGCUAACUUUGGUCUUUCAGAUGAUGAAAGGUUGUUGGUGCAGCGAUUUGAUCCUUGCAAACUCGACGGAGAAAUAUUUACACCUAACUUAGAUAGUAUUGGUUUCUUUAUUGCAAAAUUUGCAAAAAUUACCAGCUGAAUAAACACUGAUUUAUAAUUACUCUGUCAGUGGUGUUUUCCAUUCCUCCAAUGACAUGUUUUUCACUAUAAAUGACUCUAAUUCAUCCUCGUCCGCCCUCGGGUUCGAAUAAAGGGAUCGAUAGACCAUUUGUAGGCCCAUAUUUUUCCCAGGGCUAGUUUCUCGUGAAAAUUGUUACCCGCAAAGUUCUUGGGUGACGAUUUUCAUGCGCUCUGCGUCUUUCACUUGCCUUGUUGUCCCUGUAUGAUGAAUAUGGGUAUGCGCAACUUUGUCUACCCACAUAUCGCAUAUGAGCGAAGGCUCGGUAAAUUUAAAUGGAACUAUACUGUACCCUGGAUGCCAGAAGUCUUCUCGAUCGCUAGCGGCAAGAAGUGUAAAGAGCGAAGUGCUGAAGUGCUUCACCGUUCAAUGUCGUCACCCCUAAAGAGGAAAAUAAAUUCCGGUAGGUAUUCAGUCCCUGAGGAAAGUGAGAAAUUAGUAGAAGUCCAGCGCUCAGGUUCUGAGCAAUUUGCUUGUCUUCACAGAAGCAGGCAGGCGUUCCGAAAAAUGAUCCAUACGGCUACACUUUAUUAAAACAAGAAUGGGAUUGUAUGGAGGUUCAUGUAGGUUAAAAGUACUACGCUUUAGUUUAUUAAAGGAAGGCGGUGUCCUUGUCUACUCCACUUGUACCAUUACACCACAGGAAAAUGAAGAGCAAGUAGCCUGGGCUUUAAAGUCUUUUCCUUGUUUGCGACUAGAAAAACAGGUCAGCAGUCUCUCAUAUCAGUGGUUAUUGGAUAAUUUAUUUUGUCUCCCGGUCUUAAAAACGAAAAAAAAAUCCUAGUGUUAAAGAUAAAAGGCAAGUGCGUGAUGGCCUCCACUCUAAAGUGAAUGACGACUUCAACUUCUGCAAUCUUUCUAUUGAUGUUUUUUUAUUUAUUUAUGAAAACUUUUCUUUUUCCUUUAUGUGGUUAGCUCGAAAACUAUGCUUCCCUAACCACCCUACACUUUUCUCAAAGCCGUUCACUUUUAUCUUUUCUUCUCUUAUUUGUUAUUUUAUUCUGAUGUUGCUGUUUCCCAGUCAGUGAUUAAUUUAAUUAUUGUGUUAAGUAUAUCUCUCUUGGUGUGAAUAAACAACUAAAACUGCGACUUUUUCUCUGAUUUCCAACCCGCGCUCUCAAACGCCAGGUUUAUGUAAAUGCCCAUUGCUUAUUUGAUCAUGUUUCUCUCCACAGACCCCUCAUUUCGGAGGACCAGGUCUUGCUAACUUUGGUCUUUCAGAUGAUGAAAGGUUGUUAGUGCAGCGAUUUGAUCCUUGCAAACUCGACGGAGAAAUAUUUACACCUAACUUAGAUACUAUUGGUUUCUUUAUUGCAAAAUUUGCAAAAAUUACCAAAUGA